CCGCACCAUUCAAUCUCAAUCAUCUCUCACUCGCUCUGCCGUCCUACCACAGUCACUUUCGCUUAGAAACACGACAUCAAUUUAACUAAAAGUGUUCCUUGAGAAUUUGUCUAUUUUGAGGAAGUGUCUACAGCAGAAAACCUCACGCUGUCGUUUGGCAGAUGUUAAACGACGAUGUGUAAACAGUGGGCACUUUGUGCAGUCUCGCGUGAGAUCUGAAACAAGCUGGUUAUUUUCACCUGAUCGUUCUUCACGGGCUUUUUAGAGAUGAAGAGGAGAGACAAGCUGAAAAUCCCCUCCCUCACUUUGGAUUUGUCACCCAGCCAGAGCCCCAUCAUCCUGAGUCCAUGCAGUCCAGGCAGCCCCUGCAGUCCUUUACAAUCACUUCAUCCCUGGAGCUGUCGCAGCAGUAAUAGAAAGAGCCUUGGUGUUGGAACGCCGUCGCCCACCCGCCCUCUUUCGCCUCUGUCUGCCCACACAGCUGCCAGCAGCCCUCUGGACAGCCCACGAAAUGUGUCCACUGCUAUUUGCUCUCUCAACUUCCCUUUCGCCCGCAGCCACCUGGCUCGAGCUGACAGAGCGGAAGGGAGACGGUGGUCUCUGGCUUCACUUCCAUCCUCAGGUUAUGGGACCAACCCUCCCAGCUCAACCGUCUCAUCAUCUUCCUCAUCUCAAGAACGACUGCACCAGCUUCCAUACCAACCCACACAGGACGAGCUUCAUUUCCUGUUCAAACACUUCCGAAGUUCAGAGAGCAUGACUGACGAAGAUGGGCGGCCCUCCCCGUUUAUACGACCUCGGUCACGUAGCCUUAGCCCUGGACGAACUGGCAGCUCCUUUGAUAAUGAAAUUAUAAUGAUGAAUCAUGUCUAAGAGCGCUUUCCAAAGGCCACCGCUCAGAUGGAGGAGCAUUUGCUAGAAGUCAUCAGGCAGUUUUCCCCAGACAGCACCCUACCACUGGGAGAUGGCGUCUUGGGAUUUAUCCAGCACCAGUUGGUGGAGUUGGCUAGGGACUGUCUGGAUAAAUCCCAGAAGGGCCUGAUCACAUCUCUGUACUUCAUAGAGCUGCAGGAUAAACUGGAAAAAAUGCUGCAUGAGGCUCUGGAGCGCUCCGAGAGUGAGGAGGUUUCAGUAAUCACCCAGCUGGUGAAGAAGAUCCUCAUCAUCAUCUCACGGCCCGCUCGACUGCUGGAGUGUCUGGAGUUUGACCCUGAGGAAUUUUACCAUCUUCUGGAAGCUGCAGAAGGUCACGCCAAAGUCGGCCAGGGCAUCAAAACAGAUAUUCCCCGCUAUAUAAUCAGUCAGCUUGGACUCAACCGAGAUCCCCUUGAUGAAGUUGUGCAGCUCGAGGAGCAGUAUGACUCUGGCCCCACGCUGACGGUCGAUUCUGAAGAAUCCGCGGAGCAGAAUAAAUCUUUACCCACACCACUACGUAGAAAACCACUGGAGAGUGAUUUUGAGACUAUUAAACUCAUCAGCAAUGGAGCUUACGGGGCUGUGUAUCUGGUAAGGCAUAAAGAAACUCGGCAACGUUUUGCAAUGAAAAAGAUCAACCGACAAAACCUGAUUCUGCGGAACCAGAUCCAGCAAGUGUUUGUGGAGCGAGACAUCCUGACGUUUGCAGAGAAUCCCUUUGUGGUCAGCAUGUUCUGCUCCUUCGAGACCCGCAGACAUCUGUGCAUGGUCAUGGAGUACGUGGAAGGUGGUGACUGUGCCACUCUGCUAAAGAACAUGGGCCCACUUCCUGUGGAUAUGACUAGGAUGUACUUUGCGGAGACUGUUCUAGCGCUGGAGUACCUCCACAGUUACGGCGUUGUGCACAGAGAUCUCAAACCAGACAACCUCUUGAUUACUUCAAUGGGACAUAUUAAACUCACUGACUUCGGGCUCUCCAAAAUCGGCCUCAUGAAUAUGACAACCAAUCUGUACGAGGGCCACAUUGAGAAAGACACUAGGGAGUUCAUCGAUAAGCAGGUUUGUGGCACCCCAGAGUACAUUGCUCCAGAAGUGAUCUUGCGGCAGGGCUACGGGAAACCUGUCGACUGGUGGGCCAUGGGCGUCAUCCUUUACGAGUUUCUGGUGGGAUGUGUGCCGUUCUUCGGAGACACACCGGAAGAGCUUUUUGGACAGGUUAUGAGUGAUGAGAUUAUCUGGCCAGAUGGAGAUGAUGCCCUUCCUGUAGAUGCCCAGGAUUUGAUCACACGAUUACUGAACCAAAACCCACAGGAGAGGCUUGGAAGAGGUGGGGCUUCAGAAGUAAAGCAGCAUAUGUUCUUCAGUGGUCUGGACUGGAAUGGACUCCUGCGUCAGAAAGCUGAGUUCAUCCCUCAGCUGGAGGCUGAAGACGACACUAGUUAUUUUGACACUCGAUCUGAACGCUACCAUCAUUUGGCCUCUGAUGAAGAUGAUGAAACUAAUGAUGAAGAGUCUUCCCUAGAAAUACGACGGUUUUCCUCUUGGUCAAAUCGUUUCAGCAAGGUGUACAGCAGCACAGAGCACCUGGCCACUCCAUACAACCUGAGUUUCUCCUCUGACCGCAGUCACAGUGAAGAGAUAGAGGACGGGAGGGACACUCACUCACAUGGAGAGAUCCAGAGGCAGGCCUCCACUGGAGACAAGAGGCUCUCGGCUCAGAGGGCAAGUCUGCACCCUCGCACUUCUUCCAGCUCCUCUCAGCCUGAGCGAGCUGUGAGCCCCCUAGUGGUGAGCAGCACGCACAGCCUGGAGGCCAUGCCUCGAUUCGCCCUCUCCACAGACGACGAGGCUGAAGUUGUCGUAUCCAACCUACGACGAAUCCGACUACGUAGCAACAGCACAGGAACGAAACACUCAUCACCAAGGGAACAAGGGAGUCCUCAGUGCUUUGGAAACCAGCUGGAGACGCCUGACAGGCAGCGGCUCUCACCAGGACGCAAAGUUCCCAAGUCUGCAUCGGUGUCUACGCUCUCGCUCAUCAUCACGCCAGAUGAUGGGAGUGGCAGCCUGCAAGCGCGCUCUAUUUCCCCUCGAUCGUUUUCCUCUAACCCAUCAUCCCGAGACUCCUCCCCCAAUCGAGACCUGUCACUCAGCAUCAGCAGGCUCCGUCCCCCCAUCAUCAUCCACAGCUCUGGGAAGAAAUACGGCUUCACCCUGCAGACCAUUCGUGUGUACAUGGGGACCAGCGACAUCUACACCAUACACCACAUGGUCUCGGGUGUGGAGGAGAGCAGCCCUGCCCACGAGGCUGGACUGCGAGCAGGUGAUCUGAUCACUCAUGUGAAUGGAGAGUCAGUGCAGGGUCUAGUGCACACAGAGAUGAUGGAGCUGCUUUUGAAGAGCGGUAACCAGGUGGCCCUGCAGACUAUCGCACUGGAGGACACGUCUAUAAAGAUUGGGCCAGCACGCAAGCGCAGCUGUAAAGGAAAGAUGGCUCGCCGUUGUAAGAGGAGCAAAUGGAAGGACAGUCAUGACCGGAGGCGCAGCAUGCUGAAGAAACUGUCCAAACAGAGCACCGUCAUGCACAGCAGCCGCAGUUUCUCCUCUGGCCUGCAUCACUCUGUGUCCUCCAGCGAGAGUCUGCCAGGCUCUCCCACACACAGCCUCUCCUCCGGACCCACAACACCCUGCCGGAGCCCCGUUCCCGACCAUACCGCUGAUGCCAGCCUGCCCCAGAACGCCUCUCCGUGCUCCAGCUCUCCCAGUUCACCAGCGGUGCAAAUGCGGCCCAGCUCUCUGCACGGCCUCGGGUCUAAACUCAGCAACCAGCGCUACACUAAAGUGGGGAGACGUAAGUCCACCAGCAGUAUCCCACCCUCGCCUCUGGCCUGCACCUCCUCGCCGCAGGCCCUGUCCCCUCAGCGCUCCCCGUCUCCCUUACCCAGCAUCUCCAAAACCCUCCACUCCUUCCACGGCAAGACCCUGUCGCCCCCCACCAUCAUUCGGCACGUGGUCCGACCCCGGAGUGCAGAACCUCCGCGUUCCCCUCUGCUAAAGAGAGUCCAGUCUGCAGAGAAACUCUCGGGGGCUUUAUUCGCUGACAAAAAGCCCCACGCAGCCCGCAGACACACGCUGGAGGUCCCGCACUGCGAGGUGGACGUCUCGGGAGAGGCCGAGGCUGAGGGGGCCUGUGGUGUGACAUACACGGCGGAUCACAGCAGGCUGGGCGGAUACCUGUGCGCCCAGAGAUUGAGGGACUGGCCCGGCGAGCGCAUGGAGCAGAUCGUUGUAAUGCGCAAGCUGAAUCUCUCCGAACGUCGAGAUUCCUUCAAGAAACAAGAAGCCGUGCAGGAAGUGAGCUUUGACGAGCCGGAUGACAGGGCUCCUCAGAUGCCCCCUCAGACGCCCGCAUCCGCUGGCGCACGGCUCAAGCAGAUGACGGGCGAGAUGCAGUCGGAGGAGGAGUGUGUGGCAAGGAAGAAUCAGCUGGUUCCCCAGAUCGCUGUGCAAGGAUCAGAGAGCGAGGAAGCAGAUGACUGGAAGCUUUGCUCGGAUGAAGAUGAGGAAGAGGUCGAGGAAAACGUGAAUCGGGGCGAUCGUGCCAACAAAGACGUGCACAAAGCCGCCGAGACGGCAAAGCCAGAAACGCAUCAGAAUCCAGAAAAACGCAAACUGAAAGAGAGAUAAAUGACUGAAGACUGUUACAUAUCCGCAGGCUUCUCAGCGCACCUGCUGAGAUGUUUGUUGCCACGCAGAGUGGAGUAUUUUAUUAGCGUGUAAAUGGAAGUAAGCUAGUCUUAUGCAGGGAAUAUUUAUGCUUUUUUAUUUAUAAUAUACACUGGAGACAUACUGUUGGCCAAAAAGAAAACCUGAUGGUUGCUAGUACGUUUUUCUCACCUUCUGUGAACCUGUUGAGGAGGGAAAUUGAAUGACUUGAUUUUUCUAUGAAAAUGUGCAAAUGCAUUUCAUUCAUUUCAUCAUCCAAGAGCUUUUCAUUUUUGCACCAACGUUGUGAUUUUAAAAGCUAUUGAAUGGAAUUGUCAUUUGGCCCUUGUCAUGUAUUAUUUUAUAAUCUCAAAGUGUUUCCAGAGCAUUUGAAAUAAUACGUGCGAAGGAAAAAAGGGCUCUGUUGUGCUGAACAUUUGGGCUUCAAGUAACUUGACAUGUUGGUCAAGGUGUCCAAAAAAAACAGUACAAUGUAUUUGUGGAUUUCAUGCAUCAAACCAAAUAGGACAAUUUUUAACCGUUAUAUUUUACUUUUUUUGUUUGCUUUUUAAUAUUAAUUUAGAUUUAAAAUGUGUUAAACUACAGGGAUAGUUCACCUAAAAAUAAAAAAUUCUGUCAUUUACUGAAGAAUUCCAAAAGAUAUUUUGAAGAAGGUCCCCAUUGACUUUCAUAGUAUUUUUCCAUACUAUGGGAGUCAGUGGCAACCAAAAACUGGUUACCCGCGUUCUUUAAGAUAUCAUCUGUUAUGUUCAACCAAAUCAACUCAGACAGGUUUGGAAUGUCAUAGGGGUGAAUACAUUUUCAUUUUUGGGUGAACUAUCCCUUUAAAUUCCUUUCCUGACACUCUGUGCUUCAUAAAUUGUUUUACGUUUAUAAAUGUAUUCUUUAAUUUAACAUCCAAAAUCCAAACGUCAUCCAUUCAAUUUUAAGGUAUAUUUCCACAGUUCCCAGUUUUUUGCAUGUCUUUUAAUUUUCCUUAAAUAUUCUUUCUGUACACUUUGUUUUUCAGCCAACUUUGCAUGUUAUUUUCACAAUUCCCACAAUAGUUUUUUUUUUUUUUUUUUGCAUGUCUUUAAUUUUCCUUAAAUAUUCUUUCUGUACACUUUUUGUUUUUCACUCAGAGUUGCAUGUUAAGUUUACCUGCAACCUAAAAAAAAUAUUCACAGGUGCCAAGAUGAACGGGCUCACGGACACCUUUGAAAAAUUGUAAGAAAUAGUAAAGCAUGCAGUCACACAUCUCAUACUAACUAGAACUCAUUCGCGUGUGCUCUUACGAGAAAUCACUGCGUAACAAACUGCGUUAUCACGAGUUUUCCACGGACCCGUCGGGAGUCCUCACAAGCUUUUGUACCUGGAGUAAUGUUUACAUUUUUUAUAUUUGGAUUUCUACUGUGCGAAGGGAUCUGUAUGGCCUGUUUUUAACUUAAUUCCAAAUGUGUGCAGACUGAAGUCAGUGGGUGGAGGCUUCACUUAGAUUAUGGUUUAAAAGUUCGGUUGAUGUCAUUGUUAAUAGGCAAAUCUCUCAAACGUUGCACAUCAGACUGGAUGUUUUUGUGUUAAUAUGCAUGACUCUCCUCCAAAACACUUUUUCUAAGCUGAAUUUGUCGUUAUUUGAAUCUAAUGGACAGUAUUUUUAUUGCAUGAGAAGGUGCAACAGUCAAUUGGAUGCUGUCAGUCAGUCAGGUCUUUAUUUAGGACAGCACAUGUCUGUCAAGUUCAACAUUUCUGUUAUAUUUUUGAGGUUUAUUGUUAAUUGCGACCUCUGUGUAACGUUUUUUGCAUCAGGCUACUGUAAUCGUAAGACCCGUUUGUGUAAAUUUUAAUAGGCAGUAUUUUUCCGCCUGUCAGCUGACCAAUUGCAUGCUGCAUGUUCAGUGAAUACACGGUACACGUUGGCAUGACAUCCUGAGUGCAAUAUGUGUUUAAUGGUCAAGUAUAACCAAGCCUUUGAAUUACAGUAAUCAUUUCAUAUUAUGCAGACCCCGUUGUGACAUUUUAUCCCUCUGUAAUCACAGACUUUUGUGGAUGAAUUGUUUGUCGUGUGGAUCGUGUUCAGACGAGAUGGGGUCACUAUCUGCUCUUACAUUCACACUACAGCUUCACAGCACUGGAAAUCCAUCAUCUAUAUAUCCUGGUGUGCUGCUGGUUUCUUCCAUUUUUCCAGAAUUGUCAAGACUUACUGAUUAUUGGUAUGUGUUUGUAAAAAAAAAAAAAAUACUUUUUAUAAAUAUUUUUUAAUGUUAUAACUGUUCGUCUGAUGUUUUGUAAUAAAUCAUUCACUGGUUAAGAGGGAA